AUGUCUCAACCCACCUCCUCCGGCCCUAAGGGCACCGAUAACCAGCAGAAGCAAUCCGCUCCAUCUGCUCCCUCCUCCUCCUCCGCCGCCGCCGCCUCCAAACCCAAGGCUGGCAAGAACACCAAGGCUUCCAAGGCACCCUCCGAUGCCAAGCCCAAAGUUCCCCCGACAGCGUUCGGACCGUGUGCUGUCGUGAUCGGCGAGGAACUCUUUGGUGGAAAAACGUUCGGCGUCUCGGAUAUCGAGACAAAGCUUAUCACCCGGCGAGCUGCGACUAUUGAGCAGUAUUUCGGAGUCUUUAUCGACUUCCCUCUUGCCGCUUCGAAUGAGGACGAAGGCUUCGGACAGUGUCAUACAGUUGACUACCAAUCUCGCUCGCCAAUUCCAUGCGGGUUCCGAAGGCUCAAAGUCAAGUUCCCUCAUGAGAUCGAGAUCAGUUUCCGGGCCGCAACUCAAGAAGAGAUCUCCAAGCUUCCGAAGGCCAAAAAGACAAUGUCCUGGGUUGAAGUUACUCUCAAGAAAGGCGCCGAAGUCUCUGUAGAGGGAUUCGGGUUACCAUACGCCAACGCAAGUCACCCUGCGCACGAGUGGCUUCAACACCCAGAUUCGGCCCAUGUCAUCGGCGGCAAGACGCUCCUCGGUCUUCUUCAGCAGGAGCACUUCUCCUUCAUCGUCUCCGAUCCUCAUCCUGCGUUGCAAGACAAGAUGGACGUGGCCAGCCUACCAGCCAAUUUCGACUACGGCUAUGGUGACAUCCACUCCUGGGACUUGGAGAGGUACUUGAAGCAGCUCAGCGAGAUCAAAGGCGGACAAGUCGAGGGUUCUUGGAACUACCCUACCGAUGGGCACCACGUGGCCGCUCUCACCCAGAGUCUUGUCCAGGACAUCAUGUGGCUUCACCGAGAUUGCCUCGAGAUGGACAAAGAGAAGCGUGCUGCAUACUUCGUCAAGAAGCCAACGACCCUCAAGCAAUCGACACGAUAUUACGUCAUCGUGUCCAUGGGCAAGGGCUUCUUCACCCACUUCGCGAAGGCAUGGGCGCGUCUCACCAAGGACUUCCAAGUCAAGCUCAUGAUCUACGACAGAGACGAAGGUGAGCCUGAGGGAUGGAAGGCUCGCAUCCGCGAGUUUCCCGAGUCUCUCGAAGUCUUGAACGAUCACCCUCUCACCGAUGAGGAAGACGAACUUGUUUUGGAGGUCAUCCCCCCGAAGGCACCUCAAAAUCACGUUACGCUCGACUGGGACCUACAGCUGCAGGAGACCGAACGCAAGGUCGAAGCCGUCUGUGAAUUCCUCCCCACCGCUGCCCCUACCAGUCUCAUUCGUGGUGAAAGCCCCGAGGACUCAAAGCCUCGCUCCGACCGUGAGAAGUUGGUGAUGAGCCUCCACCGGGACCUCAUGCGUGGCGAUGGUUUCUGGAAGACGAUGGUUGCCCCCGGCGGCAUGGAACAGCUCGAGGACGACAUGGCUCAGAUGGGUAUCAACAACCAAGGCAAGCGUAUGCGCCUUCAGACCCUGCCAUCUGUCAACCUUCUUCGUGGCCCCAACGCAGAGUGGAUCGACGCUCUGAUGACCGAAGCCCUCGAGGUCGACCGCGAACGCUUCCGACGGUACCUCAGCAACUGCCCCCUUGGUCUGGGUCUCAUCACGGCUGGUCCUGGUUUUGGCAAAACCACUGCCGUUGCUCUCGCGACUCUCGGUAUGGCAGCCAGUGUCGGUCGCGUCCUCGGCUCCGGGCCCACGCAUGUUGCAGUCAACAACCUGUGUGCUCGCAUCGACGUUGUUACUUGUCGCGUUACCGCAAAGUACAACUCCGGCAAGCAGCCAGUUGACCGUCUGCACCGAGCUCUGGUCGUCCGUGGCCACAAACUCCGCGAUGAGGUUGCUGCCUUCAAGAACCUCCUCGAGAAGCCCGACCUUGGCGACGAUGCUGCACCAGUUGGCACAUGGGGUCUCAGGUCGAAGUGGAAGCUGCAUCUGUCGGCUGCUUACUGGCUCCUCGUCUGUCUCGGUUCUGAUGCCCGCCUGCUCCAUGAGGAUGACAGCAUCAAGCUCCACGAGCUCCACAAGUCUUUGGCUGAGAGCAGCGGCCUAGCUCGCCUCCGUGAUCGUGUUUCCGGUAAGAUCACUUGGGAAGAGUACGCCAACAACGGUGAGACUGUUGGCAAGGCUGAGCUCGAGGACCUGGUCCAGCGCAUCGUUGAAGCUGCUGACAUCCUCUGCACCCUUCCCGCCCUCGCGCACACCGAGGACAUACUCCACAGGUGGAAGCUCCAGGCCCGCGGCAUCGCCAUCGACGAGGCUGGCAACAUCACUCGUGCCGACCUAUGCUCUGUCUGGGGAAACACUCUCCUCCCUUGUCUGCUCGCUGGCGAUGAGAAGCAGCUGGCUCCCGUGGUGAUGACCUUGGAAGAUCAGGAAGAGGGCAUAUAUGUCAACCGUUUCGGCCCGGACGGCGUAAUCUCGCCUCUUGAGUUCAUCAAGGGGAUGGGUUGGCCCGUCUACCGUCUGCGUACUCAACUGCGCUUGGCAAGAGGGCAGUUCGAGCUCUGCCGCAAAUCGGUCUACAAAGAUGUCGCAUGUACCUACGGCGCGGGUGCCGACGUCGAGCUCGCCUCUCACCAUCUCGGCCACGUAUUGGAAGAGUUCAUCCGGGUCAAGUUUCCCGCCGUCAAGCCUCCAAAGCCUGAUGGAAAGCGCGGCACCCUCUCUCCUUUGUUCGUCGACUGCCGGAACUCAUUCUGUCACGUGGAUCCCGUGACGCGCACCAGGAAGAACAUCGACCAGAUCAAGGUCGCCUUCAACUUCCUUGCCGAGUUCGUCAAGACCAAGCAGGUUAAUCCUGCCGAUAUUCUCAUCAUCGCCCCAUACUCUGCUAUGAUCGAUGCCAUCGAAAGCUUCUAUAAGAAGCGAGAAUACGAGGUCCUGAAGGACAUGCGCCCGCCCUCCACCGUCGAUGCCAUCCAAGGUCAGGAGGCAGAUAUGGUUGUCGUUAUUACAUCGACUACCCGCGGCGUCGGUGCUGGCUUCACCUCGGACGAGCGUCGACUCAACGUUAUGUUGAGUCGACACAAGUGUGCUCUCGUCAUCUUCAGUGACAUCGACACGGUGGACUACAAGGGCAAAGUCAAGGCACAAAGGACGGAGACACCCACUGGCGAGGUGUCGUUUCAGAAGGCUACGAUGCUGAAGGAGGUUCACAAGUCGCUUGUUGCUGCGGGGCGCGUGGCGGUGGUGGAUUGUAGGCCGAACAAGGGCAAGGGCAAGGCGAAGGAUGAGGCUGCCAAAAAGGCAUAG